UCUCGACAUUAUAAGGCCAGGGGUCAACUGAAAAGUACAGGGCGAGGCGGAGGGAGGGCGAGGCGAGCGAAAUCGAGCGGAGAGGAAGCGAGGGCAAGAUUUGGGGUUUGUCUUCUCUUCGCUACUCCUUGUUCUUCUUCUUCGAUUCCAGAAAUGGAGCUCCUUCCUGUUGCUGCGCCUGCAGUAGGCGUGGGAUCGCGCAGGGCUUGAGAGUAGCUGCUAGUGGAAUCCUCCUCCGAAGCAGAGGCAGCUCGUGAGGCGAAUCCGAGGAGGUUCCUUGGCUAUCACAGGGGGGGAAAAAAUAGAAGCUUGCUCGUUUUUCACCUUUUCCUUUUCUUCUUUUACUUGAUGGAUCGGUUCCCAGCCAUAUAUCCCCUCAUCGAUCUCAGGAAAGGUUUGGGAUAAAUCUUCCUGAAACUUCCCGUAUAAAAAAAAUUGUACGUAGUCAAGAUUUACUAGUGCAUUAGGUCAAGAUGAACUCCAACAAAGGUCUUGCAGACAGCUGGAUUGCAAAGUCUAGUUCAUUGAACAAAGUUACUGCUUUAAAUCCCAAUGCAGCUGAAUUUGUUCCUUCAUCUCUUAAAUAUACUUACGAAACCACCAAAAUUUUAGAUGCCACCAAGCUUGAUCAUCCAGGAUCUUCUAGAAAAGCAGUCUUAGACAGAUCAGAAUCUAACACUUCAAAUAACUCGGAUGAUGAGGUACACCAGUACUGGCGCCAACAACUUCCAGAUGAUAUCACUCCUGACUUCGAAGUCAUAGGAGAAGCACUGCGUGAACCUGGACACCUUACACUGGCAGGUUUGUCAAUCAAUGAUAAUGCUGAACGACCCAAAUUUCCAGGAUCAAUGACCAGUCAGAUAUUAGAUAUGCGGCAAGAUCUAUCUUCUCCAACUCUCAGAAAUGUCAGCUUGAGUGGAAAAAUGGAAUUUCCUGGAUCUAUAUAUGCUAAAGAACAAUCAUCCGUUGCUCGCAUGACUUCAAUGGCUAAUGUAUGGGGUAAGUCAUUUGUCAAUGAUGAACUGCAAGACAGGCACUUUCAUGAUAGUGAUCUUACUGCUGGUUCAAUGGGUGAUAAUAUUUUCCUUGAGAACUCGGUCACUGAUCCCAUUGAGUUCCUGUCAUCACAAUUUCCUGGAUUUGCUGCUCAGAGCCUUGCAGAUAUUUAUUAUGGAAAUGGAUGUGAUUUAAACUUAACCAUCGAGAUCUUAACUCAGCUUGAGCUUCAAGUUGAUGGCAGUUUUGAUCCGAACGGUGAUUCAAAUCCAUUGGCUGCCCCAAACUUUAGUCCACUGGACUUUCCUGCCCUUCCAGUGGCUGAUUCUCAGAAUGGGUUGUCAAAAUAUGGAGAUAACCAACAUGGCUCUGAUUCAUAUAGAUCUCCUGCCAUAUCAAAAGGCGAAAUUGAUUUUGCUUCUACUGUUAGGAAACUGGCAUCCCAGGAUUCUGGUCACUGGAAAUUUGAAAGAAAUGGUUCUGCUGAUGGAAAUGCUGGUUCAAGUAGAAGUUCCCAACUUUUAGGUAGCACAUAUAAUGGUAACACUAAAACUGCAUAUGGAGAUAAAUGGAGUAGUUCAAGUUCAGUUCGUUCAUCUCCUGUUUGGCUUGAGACUGGGGAUGCAGUGGCAAAUAUAUAUUCGGAUACAAGAGAGGAAGCUCGUGAUUUGGCACGCCUUCGAAAUGCAUGCUUUGAUCAGGCAAGACAGGCCUAUCUAAUCGGAAACAAGGCUUUAGCGAAGGAAUUGAGUUUCAAGGGACAGUUGUACAACAUGCAUAUGAAAGCUGCUCAUGAAAAAGCCAAAGAAGAAAUCUACCGAAAAAGGAACAAGUCACAGGGCUACGGCGGGGAGCAAGACCGCCUCAUCGAUCUGCACGGCCUUCAUGUGACUGAAGCCUUACAAGUUCUGAAUCAUGAGCUAAGAACCCUGAGGAGCACAGUGAGGGCUACCCGACAGCGACUGCACGUAAUGAUAUGCGUGGGGACUGGCCACCACACCAAGGGCUCUCGAACUCCUGCAAGGCUUCCGGUGGCGGUUGAACAAUACCUCCUAGACGAAGGCAUUCGCUUCAGCCAGCCUCAGCCCGGCUUGCUGAGUGUUGUGAUAUACUGAUGUUCGAUAUACAUCGCGGAGGUGCAAAGGUCAGAAAAGAAGGGGACAUGAGGAGGAACAAAAAUGAGAGGAAGUCGAUAAAACAACGACGACAACAAAAAAAAAAAAACUAUCAAUUCUUGCAUUGUAUAUUUGAGGUGAGGUGAGAAGAGGCAUAGUAGUGAUACAAAGUUUCUAGAUACACUAAUAUAACAUUAUGAAACUAGCAAUCAUGUCUUCCUUGUC